AUGAGUUCUUCUUACUCGUAUAGGCUUUUCCAGCAAGAAGGACCUCUCAGAACUGCAUCAUCUAUGUCUAAAAAUAGAAGCCUAACGCAAUCAUCUAAUUUAAGUACGCUAAAUUCUGCAAGAAGAACUAAAUCUAGGUCAAUUUUAUCUCAAGAUGAAGAAACAGUCGCUCAAAAUCAGAUAAACAAGCUGCAAUGCGAAAUAACAUCACUUCGUAGCGAAGUAGAUAUGCUGAAAGAUAAUUUGCGAUGGACAGAACAAAAAUUAUCUGCAAUAAAUGGUGAUUUUUAUGGUGCAUCAGUAGCUCAACAGUACGAAACAACUGAUGUUGCCAUGAGAUCUGUCCAAAAAUCCAAAGCUGAAGAAAUAACGAAUUUUAAAAAAGAAUCUAAAAUUUUGCAAGCGCAACUCAACACGUAUGAGAGUAUGUACUCGGAUUCCAGCAUGAAAGUAUUACGAAAAGACGUGGCAAAGCAGCGACAACUUAAAAAAUCAGAUGAAAAAAUUUGCGAAGACAACAAAGAAAAGAUUAAAGAGAUCAAAGAGCGUAUAAAAACGCUAUCAAAUCAAGAUAUUAACAAAAAGAUUGAAGAACAAUCGAAAAGAAUUUCCGCAUUACGAGAUAGAGUAAAUUCUCAAGUACAGAGACAUCGUAAUCUCAAAAUGCUUGCAGAAUUAUUAUCUAAUAAAGACUCUAAUAUGGAUGAUUCUCUUAUCGAUAGUUUUAUCCAUGGAUCUCAAACAGAAAACGAUGUUCAUGAAUUAACAAAGCAAUUAUCAGACUGCCAAAGCACCUUAAAGACAAAAGAGUUAGAACUAAAGGAUUUAGACCUACAGACACAAUUAGUAGCGAAACAAGACGAAUUAGAACGAAGAACACAAGCUUUAGAAAAAAUGAUGCAACAAUCAACAAUAUUAGACAAUAUCUUUGAUGAAACUGAGAAACUAUGCAUUGGACCAUUGUCAAAACGUCCUUCUCGAUCGAAAACUUCCGAUCUUAUUAAAAAUAAAUAUCCGAAAGCGACAGGAGUAAGUAUCGAGAAGAUAGAUGACAAGCACUACGUAUUUGUAGGAUUCCAAGAUGCUGGAGAAGCCCAAAAAGCUGCGGAAUCAAUCAAAAAAGAAAAAUUAUUUGGAGAUAACGUUAAAGUAACAAUAAACAAGGUAGAAGACAGUAGUUUGAGUAGUAUACUUAAGGAAAAGCCUGCUCAAUUCAACGGCUCUUUCACUGGCCAGAUAAAUGAAAUAAAUGAACAGCCGAAACAGAGUUUAAUCAGUUCCAUCAAGUCAGACAUACAGAAACUAGAGAAAGGAAACAACAACACUGACUCAUUCGAUGACUUUGAGAGUGAAAAAGAGAAAAAGCAAACAAACACAAAGCCAAAAGAACUAAUUAUAUCAAAACUCACUGAUAAGAACCAAAACACAUCGAAAGGAUUCGAAGAACUGACUAAUUCCGACAAACCACUGAUUUCCAAAAGUCUGUUGAUUGAUCAGCCGCAGAAUUCUCCAUCGAGUGGAAUUCCCCUGCAGAGAAGAAGCAGAACAUCAAGCAGAAUCAUGACUUCUGCUGAGAUUGCGAAGAUGGAUUCUUUGCCCAGUGAAACUUAUUCUGAAGGAAAGAAAGAGAAAGAAGAAGAGAAAAAGGAAGAAUCAAAACAAGAGAAGAAAGAAGAGUCAGAAGUAUCAGAUGGAUUCGCUGAUAGUAGUGAUGAAAGCAAGGAUUUGAACGAAGAAGAAAAACCAAAGAAAGAUGAAUUUCUUGAAUCAUCUUCUUCAAAGAAAUCUAAAUCCAAAGAGAACUUUGACUCAUUCAGCGAAAGUAGCAAAGAAAAAUCAGUCAAAGAAGAAAAGAAAUCUUCUUCAUCUGAGAAAGAAAAAGAAUUUUCUGAAUCUGAAAAACAAGAAAAGAAAUUAUCAGAACAUGAGGAAGAAAAGAAAUUUGAAUUUGAUAAAGAAAAGAAUGAAUUCUCUUCAGAUAAAGAAUCAAAGAAAUCUUCUUCAUCAGAUAAACAAGAAAAUUCAUCAGACAAAGAAUUUUCUGAUUCAGAAAAGAAAGAAGAAGAAGAAAAGAAGUUAUCAGAUAAACAAAAGAAUUCUGAUGUAAAUAAACCAGAAUCAGAAAAAGAAUCAAAGAAAUCAUCAGAACACGAAGAAGAAAAGAAAUCAGAAUCAGAUAAAAAGAGUGAAAAUUCUUCACAACAUGAAUCAAAACAAGAAAAUGAAGAAAAGAAAUCUAAUUCUGAAAAAGAUCCUUUCUCUGAUGAAUUCAACCAAUCUGAAUCAGAAAAAGAAAAGAAAGAAAACUCUGAAAAAGAAGAAAAUCAAAAAUCAGAGAAAGAGAAAUCUAUUUCAGAUGAUUUUGCAUCAGAAAGAAGUAAAGAAAAAGAAAAUUCAUUUGAAAAAGAAGAGAAACAAAAUGAAGAAGAAAAACCACCACAGUUAUCAAUUGUUUCUUCAGUAAACAAAGCUUUGAAUGAAAAUGAAUCACCAGAGAAAGAAGAAGAGAAAGAGUUUGAUUCAUUUAAUGAAGAAGAACAAAAGAAAGAAGAAGAAAAACCAUUGUUAGGAUUAAGUAACGUAAUUAAAGAUACAUUAACUAAACCAGUCGAAGAAGAAGAGAAGAAAGAAGAAAUUCCUCAAGAAAAAUCUAAUGAAGAUUCACAAAAAGAAAAAGAAUUUGAUGCUUUCAAUGAAGAAGAAAACAAAUCAGAAGAAAAACCAAUGUUAGGAUUAGGAAACAUAUUAAAAGAUACAUUAACAAAUCAAAAUGAAGAAGAACAGCAAAAAGAGAAAGAAAUAGUUGAAGAAAAAUCUCCUGAAGAAGAACAAAAAGAAAAUGAUUUUGAUUCAUUUGAAGAAGAAAUCAAGACAGAAGAAAAGAAGGAACAAGAUGAAGAUAAUAAACCAUUGUUAGGACUAGGAAGCAUCCUCAAAAACACUUUAGCAAAUCCAGAAGAAGAGAAGAAAGAAACUGUUGAAGAAAAAUCAGUUGAUGAAGAACCAAAAGAAAAUAAUGAAAGAAAUGAAUCUGAAAAAGAAAAAGAAAUUGCAAAAGAUGAAAGUGAAAAAGUUGAAGAAAAAUCUCAACAAAAUGAAGAAGAAUCACAAAAACCAGAUGAAAAAGAAGAAGAAAAACCUUUACUCCCUCUAGGAAACAUUUUAAAGAAUAAUCUUUCUGCAGAAAAUGAAGAAGUUAAAGAAGAAAAUCAAAAUAAAGAAAUUCCAAAAGAAGAAGAACAAAAAGAAAUUCUAAAUGAAGAAAAAACAGAAAAUUCAAAUGAAGACAAUGAAACGAAAGAAGAACAAAAAGAAAAUGAAGAAACACAAGAAAAACCAUCACUUGGACUUGGUUCAAUGUUUAAGAGUGCUUUGUCUGCUGAACCUGAAAAUAAACAAGAAGAAAAACCUGAUGAUGAUGAACAGAAAGAAGAAGAAAAUCAUCCUAAAGAAGAAUCAAUUGAAGAAGAACCUAAAGAACAAGAAAACAAAGACAAUUCAUUUGAAGAAGAAAAUAAAUCAAAUGAAGAAGUAAAAGAAGAACAAGCUCCAAAAGAAGAUUCUGAACAUCAAAAAGAAGAGAAACCAAAUGAUGAAGAGGAAAAGAUAGAUCAAAGUCCACUUGUAAUUGGUUCUCUAAUCAAAAACGUUUUGUUGCCAACAGAAGAAAGAGAAAUUAAACAAGAUGAAGAGAAAGAAAAAGAAGACAAUUUUGAAGAUGAUUUCGAAUCUCCAGAGAAAGAGAAAGAAGCAUCUAAAAAUGAAGCAGAUUUAGUUGGAAUGACAACAGGUUCAUACUAUACAACAAACAGUGUGAAUGCGAUGUCAGUUGAUUUAAACUGCACUCCAGAAGCUGUUGAUGACUCUCCAAAUCCAAAUCUUCAAGAAUUCAAUUUAGAAGCAAUUGAAGAUGAUUUAGUUGAAGAAUACAACGAACAAGAAAAAGAAAGACAAUCUCUUCUCGCAGAGGAAGAAGAAGAAAAACAAGAGCAAAAUGAAGAAGAAAAUAAAGAUGAUGUCGAAUUAAACAAUGAAGAAAAGAAAGAAGAAAAUGAUUUUGAAAUUAAUAAUGAAGAAGAAAAUCAAAACAAAGAAAACAAUGAAACAGAACAAACUAAAGAAGAAAACAAAGAUGGAGAUGAUUUGGAUGAUUUUGGUUCAAAUAAUGACAAAGAAAAACCAAAAGAAGAAGAAAGUAAAAACGAAAACUUAGAUGCAUUUCAAUCAAAUGAAGAAAAAAAAGAAGAAGAAAAGAAAGAUGAAAUUGAAUUAAAAGAAAAAGAAGAAAAUCAAAAUGAAGAAAAAAAGAAGAAUGAUGAACAAGAGGAUGUUUUUGAGUCAGAGCCAAAAGAUAAGUCAAUGCUCAAUGAAAUAACAAACAGUGAAGAGAAACUGAUACAAGAAGAAGUGAAAUCAGUGAGAAGUGUUGGAUUCGACCACGAACUUCGUUCUGUUCCUUAUGGAAGUAGAAACUUUGAGAAUUUGAGAUCUGAUGGAUCAAUUCCUGUUUCAAACUUCGAAAGCUCCCUCCAUGACUCAUCAAACAAACAGAAACAAGCUGUUGAAGACCACUCUCUUCAAGAAUUUGAAUCUGAUAUUUAA